CAACUACAAGAACACACACCAUGGAUGCAUCCAGCAACUCGGCAUUAUCACCACAUCUUCUCGGUCGCUCAUGGCCCAGCCGCUACCAUUCCUCGCGCCACUCGUCACCUUACUCUUCCUGGCGGCGGCAACCACGACGGCAACAGCGGCCGCAGACGGUGUCCCCGCCGCCGCCGGCAAUGGCGGCAUGACGCACCUCCACUUCUACUUCCACGAGAUAUACACCGCCGGGCCGAACGGCACGACGGCGGCGGUGGCGUCCCCGCCGGCGGGCGCCAGCGGCUCGGCCUUCGGGUUCGGCUACGUGGGCGUGGUCGACGACAUGCUCCGCGAGGGCGCCGACCCGGCGUCCCGCCUCAUCGGCCGCGCGCAGGGGCUCACCGCGGGCGCCUCGCUCUCGGAGGUGGCAAUCACCACGUUGCUCAACUUCGUGUUCACGGACGGGCCGUACAACGGCAGCACGCUGGCGAUGUUCGGCCGCGCGGUGCUGGGCUCGGUGAUGGAGCGGCCGAUCGUGGGGGGCACCGGCGCGUUCCGGAUGGCGCGCGGGUACACGCACAGCCGGAUGGUCGAGUCCGCGGACCCCGGGAACCUGCUCGUCCUCGAGUACGACGCCUACGUCUUCCACUAGGAAAUACGUACUCUACUGGGACGCGGAGUUUCUGCUCCCGAACUCAUCUGCACCCACGUUGACAACACAUCAAAUUAUCUAUCACACAAAAAAUAGAUUUUUUUGAAAUUUUUUUAGUAUUUGUUUUGAUUUUUUUCGGACCAGGAGCAUAUCAGCCUGGGCACCGAGUUGAAUUUCCGUACUCUACUACCUUAAUUUGCUUGGUGGUUUCGAUUCGUACAUGUUAUUCUGGCUUUAAUUCAAAAGUCUACAUGUUUUCUCUUUCCUCAGCACAAAUGGAAAUUUAUUUGUAGGCAUUGAUCCGAAUCCCGAACAUUUGUACUUGAAACAUGAACAUUUCUUGUUUGAUACUGUA